UUAAAUAACUAUUGUUGUUCUUCAUUUAAAUUUCGCCUCCAUCAUCUACUGCUCAAUCAAUUUACGGCUCACAACUUUCACAAAUGUCAAAAUAUUCAAUCCACUACACCAAAACACAGCUUGUACGAGUCGUACUGUUCUCUUUGGUAACUUUUUAGUUUGUGUUUUUAUUUAUUGAGGUCUUACAUCUAAACCAUACAAAUACAUUACGUUAUCAGUUGCAUCAUCUGCAAACCAUCCGGAUCCAUUUUUGUUUGAUACGUGAUACGAAAAUUCGCACAAUGAGUGCAUCAAAGCAGGAAAAUUCGAAAGAGGAUGUGGCUGCUUACUGUGCAUUGCAUGUCGCCCUACAAACAAUGAAAGAAAGAUGUUUAGCCCUACAAGAACGAUUGGUGUCCAUUGAGAACGAGAAUAUAAAUUAUAAACGGGAGGCUGAACCAGAUAGCAAAUCGAACUCAUCAAACAAUGAACAAAAUGGACGCAACGAAAUUGAAUUAUUGCGAAUGAAAGUGACUGAAUUGACUCGACAGAAAUCCCAAUUGAAUGAACACAUAUCGAUGAUAGCCACGGAAAAUCGUCAGCUGUGGCAACGGCUAACGAAACUGACAAAGGACGGCCAGAGUGUGGAAGACAUGCAAGCUAUCAUUAAGGAUAUGACAAAUAGCACAACUAGUGCGACACAUCAAAAUUUGAUUCGGUCGAAAACAUUUACACAAAAUUCACCAAAUCCGAUGCUCAGACAAAAGUUGAGUGUGUUGGCCAACGUACGGGGUGAGGAGGAGAAUGGUAGUUUGGAGGAGAUUUCGUUGAAAGUGUUGAAUGACUUUCUGCAAGGGAAGGCCGAUUUUGAGAAGAAAUGCGGCGAAAUAAUUCCAGCAACGAACGUACAGCCCAACUUAUUGGGAUUUGGUUAUUUGAAUGAUGAAGCCAUUGAUGCUGACCUGCAAAGUGAUACAAAGAAAUGUUUGGAUGGAAUGUCGGAAAUAAAGAAAGAAUUGCUGCGACAACAAAGCGAUUUGAAGGUAGCGUUAAGUAGUCUGCGACAAAGGAAAGUUUUAGAGAUAUGUUCGACCUGCCAAGCCAAUCCGAAGAAACCAGCCACCGCCGAUAAGCUCAUCGAAACUGAAGACAUUCUGACACACCGUUUGGAUGACAAAUCAAUGAUCCUGAAAAUGUCGAGCGAUGAAACCAUAGCUCAAAUCGAUUUCGUCGAGGAGAAACGGGUGGCCGAUUGCAUCGAUAAAAUGUGUCCAAUGUGCGGCAAGGUGUACAGUGGUGGAAUCAAAUUCGAUGAUUUUCGGGAUCACGUCGAAUCGCAUUUCAUCGAUGAUAGUGAUUUGGACACGAGUGUGGAGAGAAAUUAUGAGAUUAUUUCGCAUGCUGUUGGCAAUUUUUGACGAAUUCCGAGAAAAGAUUUUUUUUAUCCUUUUUAGUGGCUGAUGUGGUGGACGAUGAUGACGUAUUAUUAUGAAUGUAGAAUCGUUCGGUAAUAUUUAGAUUUUUCCCUGUCAUUUUUCAACUGAGGACAUUUUUUAUUUGCCACUGUUCAUGUGAAUUAAGUUAAGUUUUAAGUUUUUAAUGGUCGCACACCUCACAUCAUAAUAAUAUCGGUCGUUACCAUUAAAAUGGGGGAGAAAUUUUAUGUUAUUUAGGUUAAUUACCGCGUUAGAGAAUUUAAUUUUGGAUGUUGCGAAGUGUGUCGAACCUUGUUUCAGCUGUUUUCAAUCAACUUGUUGUUCAAAUCGGUUCCAACAACAAAACUUAGCUGCAUGAAAACAGCUGAAGUGGAGGGGUUUAACAUUGUCUCCAUUUGUAUGUGUUGCGGGUUAAUUCCAACUGACUGCAAACACAAGUUGCAAUUUAUCAUCAAUAAACGAAAAAAUAAAAGGAA